AAUUUCGCUAGGAAGGAAAUCUGUCAGCUUUUUGAUCUGCAGGAAAUGCGUGUGUCGCUUUGAUCUCGUUUACCGUAAUACUUGUGCAAGAUGUAGAGCACGUUUUGUUCGUUGAAAAAUCUGGUCAGGAUGGGGGGGUUUAUAAAUUCAGCCAUUCUUCAUCACGCUCCCCCCCGUCUGGGGCUUGCAGAAAAGACAUUACACCUCAUAUAUCACACACCGGGCAUCACAGCAAUUCUCAUUCAAUAUGAAGUUGUCAAGCAUCUUUGUGGCAGCUGCCUGCUUCCUUGCUUCUGCCUCUGCGGUUCCCAUUCAAAGUAGAGGACAGGGUACCAGAGCUGGAAAAUGGUUCGACAGAGUCAUCACCAUUGUCAUGGAAAACAAAAACUACAAGGAUGUCAUUGCCGAUCCCUUCUUCUCCACCAUCACAUCCAAAUACAAUGCCCGCCUCCUGACCAACUACAAUGCCCCAUUCCACCCUUCCCAGCCCAACUACUUGGGCAUGAUCACUGGUGGACGUGACGCAUGGACCGACCUCAAUGUCGACGUCAACCGUAAAAACUUGGUUGACCUGUUGGAGGCUGGCGGCGUUUCGUGGAAGACGUACCAGGAGAACUACCCUGGCAACUGUUUUGCUGGUGAUUCCCAGGAUAAGCUUUACAGAAGGAAGCACAAUCCAUUCAUCUCAAUGAAUAAUAUCCGCAACGACCCCAGCCGUUGUGCCAAUAUCGUCGACAGCUCCCAGCUUGAGGUGGACAUAGCAGCGGGUACUGCUCCUCAAUAUAUUUUCUACACUCCCAACAUGGACAACGACGGUCACGACACACCUCUAAGCUUCUCAUCCGACUGGGCCAAAGGUUUCUUCCAAAAGCUCUUCCAGAACACCAGCUUCUUGAGGAACACCUUGAUUGUCUUCACAUGGGAUGAACAAGAGAGCUACCUUUCUCUGCAGAACAAGGUUGCUACCUACCUGAUCGGUGAUGUGGUCAACACUGCCAGUGCCGGAAAGACAGAUGAAACCAACUAUUCCCAUUACUCGCUACUGAGAACUAUCGAAGACAACUGGAACCUUGGUAACCUUGGCCGUGAGGACACCAAGGCUGUAGUGUUCAAGGGGCUCAACAAACCCCAGAUUUGAUUGUAGAGAUAGAGAGAUAGAAUCGAAAAAGUACCGCUUGUGCCAUCUAUGAAAACCUAGUUCUAAUGCUCAUUGUUGAAUACAUAAUGCUAUCAGAGUUACUGCAAA